GCACUGUACAAUACACCCGCCGUCUCAAGUCAGCGGAUCGAGUACUUGCAAUCGUCUCUCGCGAAGGGUGUGAAGGCCUCCCUCCGCUUCCACUAGUACCUUACGCGAUGUCCAUGUCUACUACGGUCAUCUACCGUGCAUUACAUGAUGGCGCAAGAGAUAUGAUUGCAGCACGAGAAGACCUCCAAAGAUGUUGCAAUGCGCUAGAUUGUCUCAGCCAACGAUGGACCAGCGUGAGGGGUGUAGCUAAGCUUGCAAAGCGACUUCACAGACUGAUAAGUGAUGGGACAUUGAGGGGCUUACAAGUUGCACAUCGACCAACGUCUGGUACCACCACAGUCUCCAAGUUACCCACAUCCGCCAACAUGAGUGCCAUUACAGACCAAGUAGGAGAUUUGUAUAGCGAUGAAGCUUUACAAAGGCAGCUCAGUGAGAUAUGGCCAAGCUUCGACGCAUCCUACUCUCAGAUGGACUGGGCUUUCCACGACUAUGGCUUUGAUAUGGAGUUCCCUAGUCCCUUCGAUGAUUUUCCAGUUUGA